CAUCAGUUCAAGACGGCAAAUUAUUUACAACCAGAGAUACUGAGACACAGAGCAUUCGACGACCUCCAGAGCCCAGGCUAAAGGUCUCUAACUCUUUUUUACUUUAUUUACACCUUUUAGUUGUGUAAUUUUUAAGUUUUUUAGUUGAUUUCAAUUGUUAGUCGGCAAGGACAUAGUGCGUAGGUUAUUUUGCUCCGUAUAAUAUUAUGGUAUUAAAAUAAAUUAAAUAUUGAAUUAAAAACUGCAUAUAUAACCAUAUGAGUAUAAAUUGUUUAUCUAUAAUUUAUUCAUUUACUCAAACAACACAAUAACUCGUUUAGGUGUGUAAAAAAUAAAUAAACUGAUCAUAACAAUUACUUUUUCAAAAUUGAAGUUAUUAAAAAAAUUAUAUCUGAUCAACAAUGUCUGAAGAUACAUUAUCUGAUUUGCGAAUUUAGCUCUUCAAAAGUUAGCAAAAUAGGCUAUUAGAAUGUAUAUAUGUUUCUAUAUCAAAUUGGAUCUUUAACUUUGAAAGAAUCUUCUCAUUACGUUAAUAGUAUAGGUUAUGCAUUUCAUAUCUAAUUUACUUCUAUAUAAUUGAUAGGCUGAAUAAAAUAUAUUCAAAUAAAUUAUUAAUAAGACCGUGCCCCCGCUUAAAUUAUUUUCUAGUUCCGCCACUGGGUCCGUUUAUUUGAACGUCACGUAGUAGAAGCCUAUAAGGUUAUAGUGAGUUUGAGAAAUUGGACCUUUAUUUUUGUAUUUUAGUAUUUGUAACCAACAUUAAGUACGGAGUAUUAAUUUUGGGUUUCAAACUUGUAAUGGAAUUUUACAAUAUUUUAGAAUUUAUAGUAAUUGUUGGGUAGGGAAUCGGUACGGUAUUAUACCGGUAUACCGUGUUAUUUGAAAACAUUUAACGUUACGGUCCCAAAAUAUAUCGGGACGGGGGAGGAGAUGCGAUAUAAAAUUACUCACUACUCCGUGUGAGAUUAGGAUUUUCCACAGAAAAGGGGGACAAGUUCGGGGCAAGGAGGUCAUUUAAGGGAAAUGUGUAGCUGAACACAACACUGAAAUCCAAAACGACUCGAGUCGACAGAACUCUCGCUCUGGCUCAGCAAUCCUGCACCCCGCCACGCGCUCCAGUCCGCUCACUCCGCUGAAUAGCUCGUCGCUCGCAUUCCUCGCAACACUUGCUGAAGUGCUGAACCAGUAGCAAACCCAAAAAAAGAAAACAGCUUUGCAAGCAUCUGAUCCUGACCUACCGUUCGAAUUGACCUUUGUAUGCUCGUUCCAUCUCGAGACGAGAAUCCAGAGACGUUGGGCCUUUCAGCAGACGAACCCAAACUGUUCGUUAAAAUGCUUUAAUGAAACUUCCAAGCUUACAAUCUAUUACAACCUUCCAUAUGAAAAUCUGGACGGUAUUCAACAUCAGAGGAUUAAUAAGGGGAGACUAUGACACAAAUUUCAUCACCAAGAGUAUGGCGCUACAACUAAUUGAUGCAUCAUAUUCGACCAUUACAGAGGUCCCUAGAAAACUAAGGAGAACAGAGAGGAAGCCAUUGGUGACGAGCAUUAAUGAGCUCAAGCGCAGAGAGAGGCUGGAGAAGCAAAAGCGACAAGAGGUUCGAGAAGUUACUCUGAAGCCUCCCGAGGAUGGGCUGUUAGUGAAGGGGUUAAUACCAGUAGCGCAUCAUGUUUUAGCUUCCCAAGCUGAGUUACUAGCUUGUGUUUCUAGAGUUGCAGAUCACAUUCCUAUCUAUUCAUGCAGGUUGUGUGGGGAAGUUCAUGUUGGUCAUACACCACAUAAGAUUAAAACAUGUUCUGUUAGCGGCAGUGAAAAGAGCAAGGAGCAUAUUUGGGAGAGAGGGGAUGUCAAACACUUAUUGCCUCUUGUAGAAUCUUUCCAUAUGUAUGAUCGGUUGGGUAGAGCCGUUUCACAUGAUGAGAGGCUGGAGGUGGACCGGAUUCCUGCGAUUAUGGAGUUGUGCAUUCAGGCUGGGGUAGACGUGCCUGACUACCCAACCAGAAGACGGAAGUUCCCAGUUUACCAAGUGGCCGGGAAAAUGAUAGAUUUUGAGAAGAGGUUCCCCAAGGAUAAUGCUCUCUCUCGAAACCACAUCCAGACAUCUGGUUUUUGGGGAACCACUAAGAGAUUAAUAACUUCAAAUGAGAAAACUUUGGGUUUGCCUCCCGAUGAUAUCACAGGAUGUGCAGAGAGAGGAAUGGAAGUGUGGGAGGACACACGAACGGGAGCCAUACAGCUAAUGCAGAAGUACGCUGUUCAAACAUGCGGAUAUUGUCCUGAAGUUCAAGUGGGACCGAAGGGUCAUAGGGUGAGGCAGUGUCAAGCCUUCAAGCAUCAAAUGAGGGACGGGCAACAUGCUUGGCAAGAGGCAACCAUAGAUGACCUUGUUCCUCCGGUCUACGUGUGGCAUGUUCUAGAUCCAUCUUCCCCUCUUCCUCUAGUUGAUGCUUUGAAGAGGUACUACGGAAAGCUGCCCGCAGUUGUGGAACUGUUCUCUCAAGCUGGGGCUCAGGUUCAUAGCAGCUAUAGUGGCGUGAUGAGAGCAGAUAUUGCUCUUCCUAGUCUAGGCGAAGAAAAGUUAGUCGUGUGAGCGGUAGCCUCACACUCCCUUGGUCAGGGUAUUGAACUUGAGCUGAGAAAGCUUGAAGGCGCAGUAAAGGCCAUACAUGAAAAUCUAUUAUUUAUAGAGAGCAGAGAUGCGGACACUGAGCGAGACAACAAAUUCUCGGCUUAUUUGGUUCAGUCUCAUGCCAUUGGGGGUACCCAUUGGGGUUUUGUUACUAGCAAUAAUGAAGCAAUUUUCUCAUAUGAAAAGCUGAUUUAGAUUAUAUUUUCCCUCCAGUUUAGGCUAUUUCCUUGGAGGGUUGUAGAUUUUUUACUUCAAAUGGAAGCAGGUAAAAGGUCAAAAAUGACUGUUUCAUUUUGCAUUUGCUUAAAUGGUUAAUGCAUAGUUAGUGGUGUGGGAAAGGAUUUCACAUUUUUGUCUGUCUUUAGAUUUCAUGCAUGAAACAAAUUAGGCAUCUUCAUUGGUCUGUUUGGUACAUGUAAAUUUGGUUGAGCUCUAAAGUUGUCAUUGAAAUGGAUGAAUAGAUACAUUGUGUUAAAAAAGUACUGGAAAAUGGAAAUGUAUCCUUUAUAUAAAUUUAUACCGUUGAUGUCUAUA